CGCGCAAUUCGUACGAUUAACGUUGAUUGACCGUUGAAUUUAUAUUACUAGUAAUUUUUAGCAAUGUAGAUCCGUUUGCUUGCAAGGAAGUCCCGUUGGAUUUUGAGUAUUCAUAACAGAUUGAUCAUUGAAUAAUUUCAGAAACUUCUCAGUCAAGUGGCCGAAGGGAUUAAGAUGGAAAACUUGUAUGGCGAUGAUUUUGAGCUCUUGUUGGACGAAUGUGAAUCUAGUUUCUUCGUGGAUUUUGACAUUUUCCCGUUUGAUGAAAACCUGGAAGAAGAAAAGCAUAAAAUCUCCGUGCCUAGGAUCAAAAUAAAACAAGAACAAGAGCUGUGUUUUGAAUCCCAAGGGAGAUCCACACACAUCCAUUUCAAAGAGGAACCCACCUUCGAUUAUUUAAAAGAGGAAUUCAAACCCAACCUGAACAAUUUGCUGGAGGAGGCACUACAGUUAAACCGGGAAUUACAAAAGGACUUUGAAGGCAUUAUUUAUGGAUUUAAAGAAACUCUACAGUUUAACCUCCAAAAGCAAAAUGAGUUGGAAGUAGAGAUAAUAGAGUUGAGAAAUAGAGUUUCUCAAACAGAGAAAACGGAAAAUGAAAAAAGAGUUAACAAAAAGCCACCAUUCACAAUCUCAUAUUUUGGAGCCCCAUACUUCAAGAGCAAUUUAGUUCUGGAAGGAAUUCCUCCAAUGAAUGGAGAUGCAGAAAUUGCAAGGAAAUUAAAUUUCAGACCCAUUAUGUUUCCGUCAAAGAGGCUAAGGAUGACUGACUGCGAAGAAAUGAAGUUGCAAGAAGCCGUGAAAUCGGAAGUCAUACGAUUAGCAUUGGAACUCAAAAUAGAGCCCGAAGAAGAAAGAUUGGAAAAAGAAAUUGGCAAUGCAGAAAAAAAAAGGAGGCAGCACGAAAACUACUGAGGUACUUCUGACAAAACUAAAACGGAGAAUCAGCAGUCUUGGACAAAACGAACGCGAACUAUUCAAAGACACCACUAUUCAUCGUAUGGAUCUCAUCCGAUGGGAUUUAAUUGCCUUUGUGGUAUUUCCAACUAAAUUUGAGUAUACUGGCGAAUUUUUACGACUUUGGUGGAAAAAUUACCUUCGCCCUGAUUUAUUGAAAGGAGAAAAAGGCGUCAAAGAAAAGCAAGCCUUUAAAAGACUGCUUGCAAACGUUGACUUGAAUCAGGGCGUGUCGUGGCCGGAAAUCGCAACAGAAUUGGCUCGUAAAACUAGAAGUAAGCUACAGCGAUCUGCUUUCGAUUGUUUUUCUUACUUCCAACGCCGUGUGAAUGAACAAAAUCGCAUAUUCGGCUGGUCAAAGGAAGACGAUGCCAAGUUAAACUUAAUUUUCAACCAGCAUGUAUAUGUUGAUUGUAAUGGACUAGCCAGAGUCGACUGGGAGGGAAUUCGACCACAUUUUCUCGGUCGAACAGUAGCGCAAAUGUGGAGCCACUUGAAGUACGAUGCACGCGUUUCCUAUACCUUUCCGAAUUUAAGAGUCUCAAACGUUGAAAGCGGUCGAAAACAAGCACUUGCUAGAAAGGUUGAAAUCACUCCUAAGUCGAAACCCCGUGGAAGACCCACCCGAGUCAAAAUCCCACUAGAUGGUGAACUCCAGCAGUUACUCCGACCCAUGGGAAUCAUCAAGCUGUACCGUCAGCGCAUUAUCUCGCUGCCGGGCGAUGGUCGUAGAAACGGCCCAGUGCUCGCUUCGCUCUGUCGCUUGUUGGGCAUCCAGUUCGAUACGACAAAGCUUCCCAGUGUGGAGAAAGGCGUAUGGAAUCCUACUACCAUACAUGCAUUUUAUGCUUCUGGAAUUGAGGCAAAAGACCUUCAUUCGUACAGGGUUCUGCUGGAUAUGAUUGCUGAAUUUCCAAUAGAACACGAUGCCUACAGCACACGCUACUUGUCUGGUGAGAGGCCGCCGCUGGAAUCACUUCUGCCCCCUUCUCCUUCACACACUGGCUGGGCUCAGGGGACUAUUACUUUGGAGCGAGUCCGUAGCACAUGAGGUGGAAGAAAAGUUUGUAAAACUGGAAAAGGUCGAAGCAGCUGAAGAUUUGUACGAAGCAACAAAUGUGGACAUUCAAGACCUGCAGAUCGAAGACGUUUUCGGAGAUCCGGAAGCUGACAAACGGUUGAUGUUUUUCUUGGAAAGCAUUUUUGGUUUGACAGGGGAAAUGGCGGGCGUCUGGUGAAGAGUUGCGGUUACCGCCAUUCAAUUUUAAAGCCUUAAAGUUUUCGUUCUGAAAUUUUUUGUUGCGAAUUUUUUUAUGUUCUUUUACUUCGAGGUAUUGCGAAAGCAAUCGCAUUCCACCCAGUUGAUGUCAAAAUUUAAUUACAGAAGCAUUUAAAAAUUCUCAUUCCCAAAGAAAAGAAAUUAAAUAGAAAAGAAAAUGGCCGACAAGGAGGGCAAAACUUUUGCAUAUCUUUUUGAUAGCUCUCCGGGUGUAAACAGUAAAAAUGUACGACACAUAAAGAGUUUACAUGUAUAGUUACAUUUGUGUGCUUAUGUUUUUCUUUACCUUUUGAAUUGUCAUAUGAUUGAUGUAUUCCUUCGCUGUGCCUAAAUAGGAAAAGAGUGCCGAUGACAUGGUCCUAUUUCUUUUAUUGAACAAUUAAAAGCUAUGCACUUCCAGAGACAACAAGGAUUUGUACAUUUACAUACGUUGGUUUGGGUUUAAGCUCCUCUUUCCAUUUCGAUAGGCCUGAAGUGGCCUCGCAUUUCUUUUUCCAUUUCAAGAACUUUGCUCUUGUAUUUAGAGGCUAAUUCAGGAUUCUGUGCUACUCCAUCACCUUUGGAAUACAUUCUACUUACAUUGGCACAAGCA